CUCUGGCCCUCGACAUGUGCAGUCAACGCAGCAGCCACAGCUAAUCUCUCUCUCUCUCUCCCCGUCCCUAUAUAUAACGCCGUAUGCAGUUAUCCCGCUGUUUGUCUUAGUUUGUUUUCAUGGUCUGUACUCGUUGCAGAAAGUAACGAAAAAGAAAGAGAACUAAGAGAAGGGAGUGAGGUAGUGCCAUCGCUGAAGAAGUUGCAGUUGGCCAUGGCUACGAAAGGGUUGGUGGUCUACCUGUUAACAGGUUUCUCUUUGGCUGUUCUGUCUAUAGUAAUCAUCAACAACCACCCAAAUGAUAGCACCACAUACCCAUCUCUUCUUUCACAGCCAAACUCCGGUCUUUUGCAAUUGCAGCAACCAUAUGGAUCUGAAUCAAAAGUUUGGCCUGAAUUGAAAUUUAGUUGGAGGAUUGUAUUGGCCACACUAAUAGGAUUCUUGGGGUCGGCUUUUGGAACUGUGGGUGGAGUUGGUGGGGGUGGCAUUUUUGUUCCAAUGCUUACUUUGAUUGUUGGGUUUGAUACAAAGUCUGCUGCUGCUCUUUCCAAGUGUAUGAUAAUGGGAGCAUCAGCAUCAUCAGUUUGGUAUAAUUUAAGAGUACCCCAUCCAUGCAGAGACGUGCCUAUCCUAGACUACGACCUGGCCCUCUUGUUCCAGCCCAUGCUCUUGCUAGGCAUCACCAUUGGUGUGGCUUUGAGUGUUGUCUUCCCCUAUUGGCUCAUCACUGUCCUUACAAUCAUUCUAUUCUUGGGGACGUCAUCAAGGUCUUUCUUUAAGGGGAUUGCAAUGUGGAAAGAAGAGACAAUCCUGAAAAAAGCAAUGGUGGAGCAACAAAACACUCUAGCUAAUUCCCAUGGCGAGCUUUUAAUUGAUACAGAGUAUGAGCCAUUAGUUCCUAAAGAAGAGAAAACAGAAUUGCAAAUUUUGGGGUUGAACUUAAGAUGGAAGAGGUUUCUGGUGUUACUAGUUGUCUGGGUCGCCUUUCUACUUCUUCAAAUUCUCAAGAAUAAUGUAGUGGCUUGUAGUGCAUGGUAUUGGAUCCUCAACUCAUUACAGUUUCCAGCAGCAAUUGGAGUGUUUGGGUAUGAAUGUGUAAAACUGUACAAAGAAAGCAAGAAGAGGAGGAAAGCAGGGAACACUGAAUUAAUAUGCGAGGCUGCAAUUGAAUGGACUGUCCCUUCUCUAGCAUUCUGUGCCUUGUGUGGGGUUCUUGGAGGCACUGUUGGGGGCCUUCUAGGCUCUGGUGGAGGAUUUAUUCUGGGUCCUCUCCUCCUUGAAAUUGGUGUCAUUCCACAGGUAGCUAGCGCAACAGCAACUUUUGUGAUGAUGUUCUCAUCAUCCUUAUCUGUGGUGGAGUUCUACCUCCUCCAUAGGUUCCCCAUUCCAUAUGCUUUAUACCUCAUGGCAGUGUCUGUUCUGGCUGGCUUUUGGGGACAAUUAUUUAUAAGAAAACUUGUUGCAAUACUAAAGAGAGCUUCAAUCAUCGUGUUCAUCCUCUCUGCAGUCAUCUUUGCUAGUGCUUUAACAAUGGGGGUCAUUGGCACUGAGAAAAGCAUACGGAUGAUACACAAUCACGAGUUCAUGGGAUUUUUAGAUUUCUGUAGCAGUCAGUGAUAUUCAGCUUGAGGAAUCAGUAAGGUAGAGCACAAGGGGAUGUGAGAUUUGUACAGGAAUAGCAGUAGGGGUUGUUGGUCAAUGCCUAAUUGACCAACAUCAACGCCGCAGUUAUUGAAUAAUAAAGGUUUAAUGUGUGUGUGAAAUAGGCUUUGGCCGUGUCGAGUGUUAUCAUGCGCUAACGCCGCCGCCGCCGCCACCAUUUGGUUUUCCUUUAAUUGCAGCAUUUACUUCUUCAGGGAUAAUGUGUAUUUUCAUUUCGUUUUCUGGUUAAGUAAUUUUAAGAACCCUGCCAUUGCUUGUUAAUUUUGUAGUUUGUCUUCUUACUUUCUGAUUGAUAGAUUCAUUUUAGAGAUGCUUUGAUCUAUUUGUUGAACUCUCCCUGCCUCUCUAAUUAGGAAAAUUUCAUGAACUUCUAUUGAAACUGAGGAAUCUUACUCCCUGUUGAUACUCAUAAUUACAGUGGACACUCUAGCAUCUUUUUGUAAUUGCACUGUUAUUGACCAAACGGGCGUUAAU